AUUCUGACAGCUGGAAUGUCCUUAACUUUGCCAAUUAUCUUCCGUCCUUUGGAAAAGAGGGAAUAUGAAGAUAGCAUCCUCUUUGAAAAGCCAGAAGGAGAAUUUUCUGUUGCACUGGUAGCUAAACUACCACGCCUUGAUCUCCUUUUGCCAGAUACCAUCCAGCUUCCUGCAUGUGCUGUCUAUCAUUUUGUGGAGUCCUGCUUUCCUUUAUACAAUAAUGGGGAUCUACUGAUAUGCUUCAGCUGGGAGGUGCCUGAACCUUUUUCUUUUAUUCCUGCUCGUGGCAUGUUGGAUCCCGGUGAAGAAUGCAUAAUGAAGGUGACUUUUCAACCUGAGAUGGCUUUAGUAUAUGAUGUUUUAGCAACAUGCACCUUUGGAGACAAUCAGGAGCAGAAGACUCUUAAACUGAAAGCUGUUGGUAAAUAUCCCCACCUGCUGGUCAAUGUGCAAGAAGACACCUAUGAAGAUAUCAAGCGAAUAAAGUUCCGGGAUGUGCUUUCCUUUGGCUCUGUUGCUGUUGACAGCACUGUGGAGAAAGAAAUGGAGAUACUGAACGUAUCUGUGGUUGAUGCUCCAUUCAGGAUUGACAGAACAAAGGAGCCAAUGCUUCGUGAUCGUGUCUUUUCCUGCGACAUUACCCAAGCCAUUGUUAAAGCUGGUGGCACAUCAGUCAUCCCUGUUAGGUUUAGCCCAAACACUGUGGGUGUGAAAAGUGUGGAUUAUUUCACAAUUGUGCCUUUUGGAAGUAGCACACAUUCUGUGUUGAAAGUGACAGGAUCAUGCAAAGGCCCUGCAGUAACUUUUCAGCCACCCUCUGUUUACUUCUGCUGCCUUAACCUUGGUGAAUACUCUAAUCAGCCAUUAGACAUCACUAACAACUCCGACAUUCCAGCUUACUAUCAAUUCGACAUUGAUUGCACACAGAGUGUGUUUUCCAUUGACCAUCCUUGUGGGGUCUUGAAUGGAAUGUCAACAAUCACGCUGAAGGUGACUUUCCAGCCUACUCACCCAAUUAUAUGUUACCGGCGUGUGGCUUGCCUUGUGCAUCAUCAGGAUCCAUUGUUCUUAGAUUUGGUUGGGACCUGCCACACAGAAACAACAAGUCCAAUCCCCCUGAAAAUGAAGGAUAUGAGCAGGUACAAGACACAUAUGGCCAGAGGACUGACCUUUUUCCCACCAGACAUCCUGGGCACCAUGCUGAAGGAAGGCAAGCUGCUAGUAGAUGAGAAUGGAGCUCUUACACUCCCACCAGAGAUGCUGCAGGACAAACCCCCUGAGGAGUACCCUGUCAUUGAACCCAUGGUUGAAUAUUUCCAUGAUGGUGUAUACAGUGACCUCACGAUAUAUCCUCCCCAUGUCAGCCUCAGCAUCAAGGAGUUUGAUUUUGGCUGCUGUGCAAGCCUUCGAGAGAUAGAGCCACUUCCUUUCUCUGUGACUAACCACACAAAGGGGAAAGUCACCGUUAUUUGGACAAGAAAGCCACACAGUCCUUUCCAGGUGAUGCCAGAGGGUUGUGACAUCCCAUCUCUCAAGAGUAUGGCUUUCCGCAUCACUUUCCAGCCUCCUCAGGUCAAUACUUUAUAUGCAGCAGAACUGGAAGGCUUUGCUUUCUAUAAGGUACUGAGGCACUACAACAAUGUUGAGGAGCCCAUCACCAUAUGUCCAUCCUGGAGUUUGACCAUCCGCUUGCGUGGACAUACUUUUCAACCUGGGCGACAGCACUUCAUCCCCCAGUUCACCUUGGACUGUCACAAGGUUUUUCCUCCAGUAUGUCGGAAUGUCACCACAUACCGUAGCAUGCUACUCUGCAAUGUAGGCACGACAGCCAUAUGUUUUAACAUUGGCCGAGAAAAGUGCCCUUCUAUCUUGGUCAAGCCUAGCUGUGGAUAUGUUAUUCCAGGAGCCCACCAGAUCUUUUUCCUUUCAACUUGCCCCACAGAAACAACUAUACAACAGCACACCUUGCUCUUGCAUCUCAAUUUCUGGUCCUCUUUCACUCAGGAGAUUUUUCUUCAGAGCAAUGCGGAGCCUCUGGCGCUACUCUUGGAAGGUGAUGGCAACCUGUACUUCAAGCCCACCUGUGUGGGAACCUGCUCUUCACGUACUUUCACCAUCAAAAACGGUACCCGACUACCUAUGCUUUUCAGAUGGAAAAUCCAGAAGUCUGACCAAAAGCUUCUGUCUGUCCAGCCUGCUGAAGGAACACUACUACCCAGUGAAGCUUUAGCUCAGACAUGGACCUUCACUCCUGCUGAACAAAUCAAGUAUCUGCUGCGGAGCUAUGUGAUAGUUUGGAGAGACCAAGAAAUGCUGGAUGACAAGACACCAAAGACUAUUCGCUACAUUCUGCGAAUUAUUGGGGAGGGAUCGUUUGGCACCAUAAUGGCAGAAGAGAAACAGAUAGAUGCUGGCAACAUCUUGGUUGGUAGCACACAAUCCUGUAACCUUGUUUUAUUUAACAAUGGAUCCUGCUGCUUAAAAUAUGUCCUUAGUGUGGAACAAACAAUCACUGGACCAUGUGAUCCUCAGGAAGUUGCCAGUGAUCCCUUAGCAAUAGAUCUUGAUCACUACAAAGGGACAGUUUGGGCUCGGGGAAAGAUCUACUUACAAGCAACUUUAAAACCAGCUCACCAGCUGCGCUACACAUGGACAAUCUAUUGUGCCAUUUCUACUCCCAAAGCUGCAAACCCUUUGGGGGAAAAGCUGCCUGUUUGCUAUGUGGUAGCAACUGGCAUCUACCCUUCCAUCUGCGUCGUUGAUGCCUGCGGGACAGGCUGUGCCUCUGGCAUCAGCAAGCUGCACCUCUGGAGGCUCUUUUCUUUGGAGAGACUGAACCAAUAUCUGGAGCGAGAGCCGACACCACAAGAGCUCACUUUCCGAGUGCCUACCAGACAUAGCACUCAACGAAUCCCACCAGUUUACACACCUGUCAUGGUGGAUUUCAAUUUUGGAGCCGCUCCAGUUGGAUGUGGGUCCUCUGUGGUUGUGCUGAUGAUACAGAACAAUGGAACGAUACCUGUAAACUGGGAUUUUCUGUUUCCUUCUGACCAGAAGAUUGACAUGGAAUAUUGGGCAGAAAGUACUGAAUUUGAUCCCAGUGAGUUGCAUCAGAUGCGGAUCCAGGAUAAUCAGCUUUUCACCAUCGUUCCCAAGUCAGGAAAGCUUCCUCCAGGGCAAGAGCAAAUUAUACACCUAUCUUACAGGCAUGAUUUUGUUGGCACUGACCGACUCCCAGUCCUACUAAAAGUAUCCCAUGGUCGAGAAAUUCUGCUGAAUUUUAUUGGCGUGACCUUGAAGCUGGGAUGCCACUACAUUCACUUCACUUCAGCUAAACAUAUGUUCACACCCAUUGCUAUUGGCACAUAUAAUUCUCCUAAACAAGUGGACGUACCUAUCCAUAUCCUGGAUGGAGAUUCUGCUUUAAUUACCUUUCAAGGAGUAGGCUUUGAUCCACAAGUUAUGGGAGAAACCGCACAAUUUGAUAAAGUCGUAUCUGCUGCAACAACUCCAGUCUCUGCCAAAUUAACAGUACCUGGUCUGGCAGUAUAUUUAUCUCAGCCACGGAUAUGUCUUGGCAAUAUCCCUGUUUACAGCAAAUGUAGUCGCCUUUUUUUCCUCAACAAUGCUUCGGAGGAUGAGGCCAUCAUUUUUACCUGGCACAUACCAGGGAUCUCUCCUACUAUGGCGGCAUUGAAGAUCAUACCUCAAACUGGAAUUGUGCAGGCCGGAGAGAGCACUCAUUGUGUUCUUACACUGCAUGCCGGUGAAAAUCCAUGCUUCUACAAUGUGGAUUUGAUCUGUGAGAUUUUUACUCAAAACUCAUUAGAUCAAUAUGAGAAAGAGUUGCAGGAAUGGGAAAUUGAAAAUGCUCGCCAAGCUGUGGAGUUUACCAUCACUGAGAAAGACCUGGAUACAAAGAAGGACCCAAAGGAACCUUUAAAGGGAGCUCCAAAUAUGCCAGGAUUAUCAAAGUUUUCUAAAGUAUUUACGAAGAUAAGAAAAUAUAAGACUCUUCCUCCUAUUAAGAACAUCAGUGAGCCAAAUGCCCCUGCUAGCCGUAGCCAGAGGAGGCAGAUAAGGGACAAAGAGGCCAGCAGGUUCUGGCCCAAGCCUGAAGUCACCAAACCCUUCCUCAUGCACCUAGGCUUUACAGCCAGGUCCCACUCAAUCGAUGAUUUCUUGUCGAACUUCUCUAGUGACUUGCCCCAGCACUUCCUUUACCGCCAACUGAAGAAGAAAACAGCAAGAAAAAAUUCUGUACGUAAGACAUCUCUAUUCUCAGUUGCGAGCAAAAGUGGAAAAGGAUCUAUAAAGGAUGCCAUCUGGAUGGAUCUAGAAAACUGCACAGAACAAGAAGCCCAGCUACUGACCGACAUGCUGUCUAUGGUGAUCAAGGGUUUGUUGGAGGAGAAACAGUUCCAAGAAGCAGUGGCUAGAAGCCUCACAGAACCCAUACCUUACUUCUACCAAUUCUGGAGUGAAACAUCAGCAAAACAGAAAAAGAGUCCAACUGGCACCUCUCCGGAAACUCCUUGCCCAGAGAUCAGUGCUAAGAAUAGAACAGAGGAUGAAGAUUUGGGAAGGGAAACAAUAUCUCCCAGAGUCACUUCAUUUGUUACAGAGAACCUAAGUGUCAUUAUUCGCAAGGAACAGUCCCGGGAAGACAAAGAAUUCCUUAUCAGGAUGCCCGCAUUUGCAAAUCUGGCUGAAAUGGUGCUGGAUAACACCGUCCAGAACAUUCUGGUGGAGGCCAGUCGUGGGGAAGUAGUGCUGACAGCACGGCCGAGAAUCAUUGCACACUCUCCUGUUUUCUCCCAAAAAGGUGUCAGUCCCAUAGUUUCGAUGCACAGAUCAUCUACAAUACCGGGGACUUCCAGUGAAAUCAAGAACUGUGAAGGGCAGCGGCACAUUGUCUUGGCCCCAUAGGAGCUCGCGGAAGACUUUGGGAUCACUGCACAUAUUCUUGGUGGGAAGACAGCCCUUUGUGAUUAAUAUCCCUGCUGGAAGAUGCCUCUGCAGAAUUGGGUCCAAGGAGAAAUGACAUUUGCAAUAGAAUCUGAUCUGAUUUUCCUCUGUGCAAAAAACGUAAUAGCAGAGGGCCUUGUCCUGAGUUUAACAUUCAAAAUAAAAUUUCAUUUUGUAUCACAGGAAAAGUGAUUCUAAUUGUGUCAGGAAAGAAGAC